UUUCAAAAAUACCACAACAAACUGGAGUAGAACUUGAUUUCCCAUUUUAAACAUUAAUUUGAAUUUUAUGGUGUUUAACUGUUUAUCAUUUUAGGCAGCAUUAUUGUUAAUUUUAAAAGAUUAUAUUUCUUUACCGUGCCUAAAAUUGUUUCCACCCUUUGAUCACUUCAGUCAUUGUUGAUGCUAUGGAAAAUCUCCGCCAACAAGUUGUCGACUUGGCGAAAGCGGUGGAGUUCGUCGAAGGAGUGCUCGGCACGUCUGCGGUAACGUUCUCCUCGAAAAUCUCCGCAUUUUCCGAGCUAUACGAUCGCAUUGAUUCAUUGAUCAAGCAGCAGUCAGGACGCAAAAUUCUUUCAUGGAACCGCGCUGAUCACUUUCCCGAACUGCUCCAGUGGAUUGAAAAAUUCCCGGGCGCCGAUGUAUCGCAGGUGGAAAUCAAGGAAGCGCCUGGGCGCGGUUAUGGAGUUUACCUUAAAGAAUCCAUUUCCCCGGAGAGUGAAAGACCCGUGAUAAGAGUUCCUCAGUCUGCGUGCAUUACCGGUUCCUAUUCCAGUUCCUUUGCAAUCGGCCGAUGUUUAUCCAUUCUUCCUCUUCCGGAAAAUCUCAAGCUGGUCGGAAUUCUAAUGUCAGAAGUCUGUCAGCUGAAUGAAUCGCAGUGGAGCUGCUAUCUGAGAUCUCUUCCAACCGAUUUCAGCACGAUUAUGCACCUGGAUCCCGUGUCUCUUCGUUGUCUAGAAGGAUCAAUUUAUUUUGAUGAUGUUGUGCGGAGAUAUUGCAACGUUUGUAAACAUUACAUGAAUUCCGUGAUUGCCGUCGACAUUCGGGUUACCAGCAAGGGGGAGAAGAAGAAAUUCGCUUCUUUGUUCACAUUUGAGCUGUUCCGUUGGGCUUUAGAUGUCGUUAUGACCCGAUCCAAUGCUGUGCCGGUUCCUGGUUUAAAUGAACCUAUCAUAGCUUUGAUACCAUUGCUGGAUAUCAUCAAUCACGGAAAGGGCAAGGAUAAAUUUAGCUGUGUUUCGGAUGAGAGUAAAACAUUCUUCGCAGAGUUGCGGUCGACACAAGAACUUAAUGCCGGAGAAGAGCUUCUGAUGAGCUAUCAGCCAUUGUCUGUCAAAAACCGUUUAAUUAAUAACGCUUUUGUCACUGCGGACGAAGGAAUUUUCCAGCUUUUUAUUGAUUUACAAUCUCAGACGGAAGAAUCGGUGAAAUCGAUUUUGGGCGACUGCGACGCAUAUUUUCACAGGCGCGAAAAUGGCACGUGGGAAGUGCUGGGUGAAUUUCUCCCAUCCGGACAGGUCACCGAUUUAACUUUGACCGUUUUACGUACAGCUGUGGCGCUAAGGGAACGGGAUCUCUGUGUCGGAAAAGCCGUUCCCGAAAUCUUCAUCCCAACCGAACUAACUGUUGACAAGCAAGUGUACACGAUAAUUGUCCGCACGGCUACGGAAUUGCUUAACCGGUUUCCUAAAGCAUCAGCUGAAGAUGGGCAUAGUUCCGCUCUGAAGGACUGCACAAAUGUGGGUGUUGCUCAGUUGUGUCGUGAUGAGGUUGCUGUGGAAAAGGCUCGUUUGCAGUGCAUCAUUAGUCAUAACUCAGACCAGCUGAAGUCAGUGUUGAAGCUAUUAGUGAUAAGCGCAAAAGACCAACGCGUGGCUGUGGAUUCUGCAUCUUGAAAACAUAAUCUAUUUGCGAGGUUUUUGUAUGAUUUUUAACAGUUCAGCCUAUGCAGUAUAACCGUGUACAUUAGUUUUAACUCUUUUUGCAUGUCGCAACUAGUCGAAUCUGUGUCCAGUUUUGAGAACGCUAUCGUUUUUUUAAACAGAUUGUUCAGAUUUGUAGUCUCUUGAUCCAGGAAUGAAGUGACCACUGACUAUUGUAGUAUUGACUGAUCGCUUACUCGACAAAUAAACGCUU